GACAAAAAUCCUUCAUCGACUUCUUUGGUUUAUAGCCACGAGGUUUUUAGCAAUUUUUCAAUUUAUUAGUGAAUUAAUAUAAAGAUAAUUCAUAAAAUUUUGGUAAAAUGCCACCCAGCAAUCCAUUGCCGCCUAAAGAAAAUGCUCUUUUUAAAAGAAUUUUGCGUUGUUACGAGCAUAAACAAUAUAAAAAUGGGUUGAAAUUUGCCAAGCAAAUAUUAUCCAAUCCGAAAUUUGCAGAGCAUGGAGAAACUCUGGCUAUGAAAGGCUUGACACUGAACUGCCUGGGCCGGAAAGAAGAGGCUUAUGAGUAUGUUCGGCGGGGUCUACGUAACGACCUGAAGUCGCCAGUUUGCUGGCAUGUGUAUGGCCUUCUCCAACGGUCUGAUAAGAAAUAUGAUGAAGCAAUUAAAUGCUACCGUAACGCAUUAAAAUGGGAAAAGGAAAACAUUCAGAUUCUACGGGAUCUCUCCUUACUUCAGAUUCAGAUGAGAGAUUUGGAAGGUUAUAAAGAUACUAGGUAUCAGCUGUUUAUGUUGAGACCAACACAAAGAACAUCAUGGAUUGGUUUUGCUAUGAGCUACCAUCUAUUAGGAGACUAUGAAAUGGCAAAUAGCAUCAUUGAUGCUUUCCGAACUAACCAGAUGAAGGGUCCCUAUGACUAUGAACAAUCAGAAUUGUUAUUAUACCAGAAUAUGGUUUUAGCUGAGUCUGGACAAUAUGAAAGGGCUUUGCAACACUUACAAAAGUUCCAAAGCCAAAUCCUAGAUAAAUUAUCUGUAAAAGAAACAUCAGGAGAAUAUUAUUUGAAGUUAAAGAGGUUUAAGGAAGCAGAAGCGGUAUAUGAAGAUUUACUGAAGAGAAAUCCUGAGAAUGUGAUGUAUUAUCAAAAAUUAGUAGAAGCAAAACAACUCAACGAUCCUGAUGAAAAAGUGGCCUUCUACGAAGUAUAUAAAAAAGAGUAUCCAAAAGCAAUAGCUCCCCGAAGGUUACAGCUGACGGAGGCCCAAAUGCCUGUGUUUGAGAAAAUCGUCGAUGAGUACUUGAGGCACGGUCUGCAUAAAGGCAUCCCUCCGUUGUUUGUUGACUUGAGGUCUUUAUACACAGAUCAAAGUAAGGCAGACACGAUAGAAAAAUUAAUAUUACAAUAUGUAGAAAAUUUGUCUAUAUCGGGCACAUUUAGCAGUAAACCGGAUGAGGUGAAACAACCGGCUAGUGCAUUGUUAUGGGCGUACUACUUUGCGGCACAACAUUACGACUAUAAGAAAGAUACGGACCGAGCUCUACAUUACAUAGACGCUGCGAUAGAACACACACCCACAUUGAUAGAACUGUUUAUUGUGAAAGGGAGAAUAUAUAAGCACGCCGGCGACCCGGUGGCGGCGUACGAGUGGCUGGAGGAGGCGCAGGCGCUGGACACGGCCGACCGCUACGUCAACAGCAAGUGCGCGCGCUACAUGCUGCGCGCCGGACACGUGCAGCGCGCCGAGGACAUGUGCGCCAAGUUCACUCGCGAGGGUGUACCAGCCACAGAAAACUUGAAUGAGAUGCAGUGCAUGUGGUUCCAAACAGAGGCAGCGGCGACUUACCAGCGUUCGCAACAGUGGGGCGAAGCGCUGAAGAAGGCUCACGAAGUUGACAGGCAUUUCUCGGAGAUAAUGGAGGACCAGUUCGACUUCCACUCGUACUGCAUGCGAAAGAUGACGCUGCGCUCGUACGUGGGCCUUCUGAGGCUGGAGGACGUGCUGCGCGCGCAUCCCUUCUACUUCCGCGCCGCGCGCGUGGCCAUCGCCGUCUACCUGCGCCUCUACGCGCACCCGCUGCAGGACGUGCCGCAGACGCAGGAGCCCGACACAGGUGACGACACGCUCACUCGCUGCCUUACUGCCUCACCCCUUCUACUUCCGUGGCCAUCGCCGUCUACCUGCGCCUCUACGCGCACCCGCUGCAGGACGUGCCGCAGACGCAGGAGCCCGACACAGGUGACGACACGCUCACUCGCUGCCUUACUGCCUCACCCCUUCUACUUCCGUGGCCAUCGCCGUCUACCUGCGCCUCUACGCGCACCCGCUGCAGGACGUGCCGCAGACGCAGGAGCCCGACACAGGUGACGACACGCUCACUCGCUGCCUUACUGCCUCACCCCUUCUACUUCCGUGGCCAUCGCCGUCUACCUGCGCCUCUACGCGCACCCGCUGCAGGACGUGCCGCAGACGCAGGAGCCCGACACAGGU